AUGGGAGUCGCAUGGGAUCGCUUGAUUCGCUUCGUGGCCACGGAUGGUCGCACCCUCCGGGGCCAACCCAUCCUGCCAGAGCCCGACUUUGACCUUGGCAACGUGACUGAGGCAACCAAACUUCAAGCCAAGGUUAUCAUCGGGGAUGACAUCUACGACGAGACUGGCCAGACAAGGGUCUCGAACGAGAUUGUCACCGUGGCCAAGCUCCUCGGUCCGCUUGCGCAGGACGACGUCGACAUCCUGCGAUGCGUUGGCCUGAACUACGCAAAGCACAUCAAGGAGGCCGGACGCACGCCGCCGCCCUUCCCCUCCAUCUUCUUCAAGCCCAACACGUGCAUCCACGACCACGGGGCCGACGUCGAGAUCCCCCGGAUCGCGCAGGACGAGCAGGCCGACUACGAGGGCGAGCUGUGCGUGGUGGUGGGCCGGGACGCCAAGGACGUGCCGCGGGAGUCGGCGCUGGACUACGUGGCGGCCUACACGUGCGGCAACGACAUCUCGGCCCGCAAGCUGCAGCGCGACCCGUCGCUGGCCGGCGCCGUGCCGCAGUGGGGCUUCUCCAAGGGCUUCGACACGUUUGCGCCGCUGGGCCCUUGCCUGGUCCGCGCGGACCUCGUCGGCAGCCCGGGGGACCUGCUCCUGGAGACCGUCGUCGACGGCGAGGUCAGGCAGCGCGAGACGACGGGCGACUUGUUGUUUGAUGUGCCCACGCUGGUGUCGUAUCUGUCGAGCGGUACCACGCUCAAGAAGGGCUCGGUCAUCAUGACGGGGACGCCUGGUGGUGUGGGUGCUGGUCUCAAGCCACCAAAGUAUUUGGUGCCCGGUACAGUCAUGGAGGUUUCUAUAGAAAAGAUUGGGACCCUCCGCAACGGGGUGAAAUUCGUAUGA